GAAUACGUAGAUAAUAAUUGGAUGCCUUACAGUUCGUAUGAGGCGCCAGAAUAAUACCUGAAAUGAUACACCCUAAUUGCCUGGCAUUGAUCACAAUAUGUUUCAGCUUCUAUCAAGGAGUCGCCGGUACUGAGGGUGAAAACGAUUGGCACUACCAAGCGAAAGAGUCACAUCCCUGUCAGCGUCCUUGUGUCCCAGGGGACGUGAAGACCUGCUACUACAGGUUCUCCAUAGAGUGGUACUGGGCUCUCAGUAAAGCCUGCUAUGACUGCCCCCAGACCCUGUCCGACUGCUAUAGAGAGGACUGCGUCCCGGCCGAUGGCAUCCAAAGGUCCAUUAUGGUCGUCAAUAGGCAAAUGCCUGGUCCCAGUGUCGAGGUAUGCUACGGAGACAAGGUGGAAGUGGAAGUGGAGAACCUGAUGAAUGACCAAACCACCUCGAUACAUUGGCAUGGCCACCACCAGGUCAAGACACCCUACAUGGAUGGGGUACCCUUCAUCACCCAGUGUCCUAUAUCGCCCUAUUCUGUAUUCCGGUAUACCAUGGGGGCUACGAACCUCGGCACCCACUUCUGGCACGCCCACACAGGUGAGCGUGCAAAAAGUGAUGGUGUUUUUGGACCCCUCAUCGCCUGAGCCCCUAUGGAUGCUGAAACCUCUCUCCUCUACGACGAGGAUCUCUCAGAGCACACCAUCGUCAUCAAUGACUGGACCCACGUGACCGGCAUGGACAAACUCCAGUGGCACAUCCAGAGUUCAGGCAAUAACAAGCCGGAUACUAUCCUUGUGAAUGGAAGGGGGCGAUACUUCAACGACUCCGUACAGCUCAUCAAUACUCCUCUUGCUAUCUUCACUAUGCAAAAGGGCCUCAAAUACAGAUUCCGGCUAAUCAACUCAGGGGUUCACAACUGCCCUGUAGACAUCAACAUUGACGGCCACACUAUCACUGCGAUCGCCAGUGAUGGCCAUGACAUCGAGUCUGUUGAAGUGGACUCCCUUGUGUCUUACGCUGGCGAGCGGUGGGACUUCGUGAUAGAAGCCAAUCGUCCUGUAGGCAACUACUGGGUGAGGUUCACCGGACUGAUGGACUGCGAUCAGCGGUUCACUAAAGCACACCAAGUCGCUGUUCUGCACUGUUAGGGCGCACCUGAGCGGGAACCGAAGGAACCAGUUGGGUACAACGUGCACCCCAAGCCGCAGCUGCAACUGAACUCUCUGAACGUCGCCCUCAACUAAACUGGGACUAUCAGCCUCCCCGUGCUUAUAGCCAACAAUAAGUCUGACGACCCUGUCCUACUCCACGACCCGGAUACAUCUGUGGUACUGGCAUACGACUUCAAUAAAGUCGACCAUCCGAUGUAUCACAAACCCAAUGCGUACGGAUUUAAUCAAGUGAAUGCGACAUUUCGAAGGUACACGCCUCAAUUCAACCACAUAUCAUUCAAAAUGCCACAUUCUCCCUUGCUGUCACAAUACAGCGAUGUUGACCCGAGGAUCUUCUGUGAGAAUCACAACCUCACCGACUGCAAUACAACAUUCUGCGAGUGUUUAAACAUCAUAGAAGUUCCGACCAAUAGCAACGUGGAAAUCAUCCUGAUUAAUAUAGGAUUAACUUACAAUGCCAACCAUCCAUUCCACUUGCAUGGCUAUGCCUUCCGGGUGGUGGGGAUGGAUAGGCUCGGAGAAAGUUUGGAUGUGGAACUUGUAAACAAGCUGAACAGAGAAGGGCGGCUUGUAAGGAACCUCGAGAAUCCUCCCUUCAAGGACACUGUAACAGUUCCUGAUGGCGGUUACACCAUUCUCAGAUUUCACGCUAGUAACCCUGGGUACUGGCUAUUUCACUGUCAUAUAGACUUCCAUUUAGAGGUUGGAAUGGCUGUGGUUUUCAAAGUCGGAAAAGACGAGGAGUUUCCUCCAGUACCAAAUGGAUUUCCGAAAUGUGGAGAUUUUAAGAUAGAUAAUUUUGAGAAAAGUUCAUAUGACCAUUGAAUUUUGAUCUCUCACAAGUUAUGUACAAUGUUCAACAUUAAACUGAAAAAACUGUCCAAUGAUUUUAAA